CAUUCCACCCGAUUGAAGAAAAGCAAAGGCCCCGACUGACUCAGGUCGUGUUAAAACACUUGGCCCUCGUUGUGAUUCGUAAUCCCCCUUCGCUCCUCAUCCUGCAGCUUGUUACUUUGGAUGAGUGCUCUGGUAUAUUUUGUGCGACUCCCCUCCCCCACUUGUUGUUCAGAGAUUCCCCCUCCAUGCGGCUGGAGUGUGGAGGUUUCUCGUUUCAUGUGAAAUUUCUUCCUUCAUCGCAGCAAAAUGCUCUUUGGGAAGGAGAUCCCCUGGAGACGCCUGGAGAGGAUCUCCUUCAGCGUUUAUUCCACCGAAGAAAUCAGGAAACUGAGUGUAAAAGCAAUCACUAAUCCUUAUUUCUUGGAUAAUGUGGGCAAUCCAGCAGCAAAUGGUCUGUAUGAUUUGGCAUUGGGUCCAGCUGAUUCCAAGGAAGUAUGUGGUACCUGUGCACAAGAUUACAAUAACUGUCCUGGACACAUGGGCCAUAUCGAUCUCCCAUUAACAGUCUAUAAUCCCCUAUUUUUUGAUAAACUGUAUCUGAUGAUAAGAGGCUGCUGUUUGAAUUGCCACAUGCUGACUUGCCCCCGUUCAGUGAUGUACCUGCUGUUAAAUCAGUUACAAGUUGUAAAUGUUGGAGCUAUUGAAGCUAUUUAUGAAUUGGAGAAAGUACUGAACGAGGUGCUGGAGAAAAAUGUUCAGGCCACAGUGGAUGAAAUCCAAAUGGCACUGAAUGAACAUACUCAAAUUGUGCUGAAUAAUCGAGUGAAUUGCAAAGUUUCACAAGUGAAAAAUGUGAGUGACUGCAAGGAUAAAUUAAUACGAAAUUUUUGGAAAAACUACAUGCAAUCAAAAAAGUGUCCAAAUUGCAAAGCUGGCAGAUCAGUUGUGCGGAAGGAACACAACAGCAAACUAAUAGUGACGUAUCCCACAGCUGCUCUGAAAGCCAAAAGCAAAGAAAACACAGAUGAGGCUGUGAAAGACAGUGGAGGCCUAGAUGAUUCUCUAUUUGGUAAACGAGGAUUUCUGACUCCCUCUACUGCCAAGGACCACAUGCUGGAAUUAUGGAAAAAUGAUGGUUUCUUCCUGAAAUAUCUAUUUCCUAGCUUGAGAAUACACCAAAAUACAAAGACCAGCUGGAACCUGGACAUGUUUUUCCUCGAUGUUAUUGUCGUACCUCCUUCCAGGUUUCGUCCAAUUAAUCGGCUUGGAGACCAGAUGUUCACCAAUGGUCAAACGGUUAAUCUACAAGCAGUGAUGAAAGAUGUUCAAGUGAUGCACAAGCUCCUGGCUUUAAUGGCACAGGAGCAGAUCAAGACAGUGCAGUCCAUUCAGACUGAGGAGAUAUUAAAGACGCCAGUUGCAGAAGACACGCCAGCCAGGGUGGACCUUGCCUUCUUAGCUGGCAUUCCUGGGCAGACGCUGACUGACAAACUGUACAAUGCCUGGAUACACCUUCAAAGCCACGUCAAUAUUGUUUUUGACAGCGAUAUGGACAAACUGAUUACGGACAAGUUUCCAGGCAUCCGUCAGAUCCUGGAAAAGAAGGACGGUCUGUUCCGCAAGCACAUGAUGGGAAAACGUGUGGAUUAUGCAGCCCGAUCAGUCAUCUGCCCUGACAUGUACAUUAAUACUAAUGAGAUUGGUAUCCCAAUGGUUUUUGCUACAAAGCUGACCUAUCCUCAGCCAGUGACACCGUGGAAUGUGCAGGAGCUGAGGCAAGCGGUGUUAAAUGGGCCAAAUACACAUCCUGGGGCUUCAAUGAUAAUCAACAAAGAUGGAUCUCGUACUAUUCUGAGUGCCGCCAGUCCAACCCAGAGAGAGGCCAUCGCCAAACAACUGCUAACACCUAGUACUGGAGAACAGAACAUGGGGAUGAAAAUUGUGUGCCGGCAUAUUAAGAACGGAGAUGUUCUAUUGCUGAACCGCCAGCCAACUUUGCACAGGCCCUCCAUACAGGCCCAUCGGGCCCGGAUCCUCCCAGGAGAGAAGGUCCUCCGGCUUCACUAUGCGAACUGUAAAGCCUACAACGCUGACUUUGAUGGUGAUGAAAUGAACGCACACUUCCCACAGAAUGAACUUGGCCGAGCAGAGGCCUAUGUGAUUGCCAGUACUGACGAACAGUAUUUGGUUCCCAAGGAUGGUAAACCUUUGGCAGGUUUAAUUCAGGAUCACAUGGUUUCUGGCACUAGUAUGACCAUCCGUGGCCGGUUCUUCACCCGGGAGCAGUACAUGGAGCUCGUCUACCGAGGCCUUACGGACAAAAAGGGCCGGGUGAAGAUUCUUCAACCCGCUAUGAUUAAACCAUAUCCACUCUGGACUGGAAAGCAGGUUGUUUCUACGUUGCUGAUUAACGUAAUCCCCAAGGAUCAAAUACCAUUAAACUUGAUAGGAAAAUCGAAAAUCAGUGGGAAGGCUUGGGCUAAAGAAGCACAGCGCCUGGUGGUAAACUUCGAUCCGGAAUGGAUGUCCGAGUCCAAGGUUGUCAUUCUGGAAGGAGAGUUGCUCUGCGGUGUCCUGGACAAGGCACAUUAUGGCAGCUCAGCCUAUGGCUUGGUCCACUGCUGUCAGGAACUGUAUGGUGGUGAGACUAGUGGAAAAGUGCUGACCUGUCUGGCUCGUCUCUUCACAGCUUACCUCCAGCUGUACAGGGGGUUUACUUUAGAUGUUGAAGAUAUUCUAGUGAAGCCGAAGGCAAAUACAAAGAGGCAGAAGAUCAUUGCAGAAUCUACACGGUGUGGAGCCAAGGCUAUCCGAAAUGCUUUCAACUUACCUGAGUCUGCCUCAUGUGAUGAAGCUCGGGACAAAUGGCAGAAUGCUCACCUCAGUAAAGAUCCCAGGGACGUGAACGUGGUGGAUCUGAAAUUUAAGGAAGAAGUAAAUCUGUACAACAACCAAAUCAACAAGGUGUGUAUGCCACUGGGCCUUCAUAGACAAUUUCCGGAGAAUAACCUGCAACUCAUGGUGCAGUCUGGUGCAAAGGGCUCAGCUGUUAAUACAAUGCAGAUUUCGUGUCUUCUUGGUCAGAUUGAGCUGGAAGGAAGGCGACCUCCGCUGAUGCCAUCUGGGAAAUCUUUGCCCUGUUUCCAACCUUAUGACUUCACUCCACGAUCUGGCGGUUUUGUUACUGGUCGAUUCCUCACUGGGAUCAGCCCUCCGGAAUUUUUCUUUCACUGUAUGGCUGGCAGAGAAGGUCUGGUGGACACAGCUGUAAAGACCAGCCGUUCUGGGUAUCUUCAAAGAUGCAUUAUAAAACAUUUGGAAGGGCUGGUGGUGCAGUAUGAUCUGACGGUACGAGACAGCGAUGGCAGUGUUGUACAGUUUUUGUAUGGUGAGGAUGGUUUGGAUAUUCCAAAGACCCAGUUCCUGCAGGCUGAACAGUUUCCCUUUAUUGCUGCUAACUAUGAGGUCAUCAAAAAGUCGAAGCAUUUGGAAGAGGUUUUACGUAAAAUGGAUUCAAAGGCUGCAAACAAGUUACAUGAAGCAAUAAAGAAAUGGAAGGCAAAACACCCAGCUCCCUUAACUCGUCUCGGCGCAUUCCUGUUGUAUUCACAGAAGAAGUUCAGUAAGAUCAAGGGGAUGAACCCAGAAGGAAUGCUGGCAAGUUCCAGAGAACUUGCAACCCAUCAACUACUGGAGAUUUGGAAGUCACUGGAUGAAAAGAAAAAAUUUAAAUAUAUGAAGAAGGCUGCUCAGUGUCCUGACCCUUGCUUUUCAAUUUAUCGCCCAGAUAUUUAUUUUGGCUCAGUUUCAGAAAGCUUUAGUGACACUGUGGAUAAAUACUUCACUGACCAAGACAGCAAAGGACUGAGUAGCUACAGCAAGUCAGAGCUAUCGCUGGACCGUUUAAAGGAGCUGUUGUGUCUCAAGUGGCAGCGAGCUCUGUGUGAGCCAGGAGAGGCAGUUGGACUCCUUGCAGCGCAAAGUAUUGGAGAGCCAUCAACACAGAUGACGCUGAACACUUUCCAUUUUGCAGGCAGAGGUGAAAUGAAUGUCACUUUGGGUAUCCCCAGGUUGCGUGAAAUUCUAAUGGUGGCAAGUGCCAAUAUUAAAACUCCAAUGAUGAGCAUUCCUGUGUUGAACACAAAGAAAGCAUUGAAGAAGGUUAAGAAACUGAAAAAGCAGCUUACAAGGGUGUGUUUGGCAGAGGUUUUACACAAAAUCAAGGUGAAGGAUUCUUUUCAGGUUCAAAGCAGGCUGGAGAAGUUCAGAAUUUACCAAGUAAAGUUUUAUUUCCUGGAUUACAAACUGUAUCGGCAAGAGAAAUGUUUGACACCAGAUGAUUUAUUGCACUACAUGGAAACCAGGUUCUUCCGACUCCUGCUUGACGGCAUCAAGAAGAAAAGUGCCAAGCUGGGCUCAUUUAAAGUUGUGAAUACCCGGAAAGCUACGCAGAAGGACCUGGAUCAAGACGCUGGGGAAAGCGACGGGAAACAAGCACAGGAUGAGCAUGACCUCGAUGGCGACGAUGAGGCUCCAAUCGUUGAUGCCGAUGCAGAAGAAGGAGAUGCUGAUGCAACAGAAGCUAAAAGGCGCGAGAGACAGGAGGAAGAGAUUGAUUAUGACAGCGAGGAAGAGGAGGCCAUAGAUGAUGAAGAAGAACCAGAAGAGAAAGACGAUGAUGAUUUUCCAGGUAGCGAGCAAAAUGAAGUCGCAGAUCAAAACUUUACAGAAAACCCUUGCAAUUUUACUAAGAGCGGCAAAGGGAAGACAAGAAGCAAGCGGAAUGCCACAGAGGGCAUGGAUGGGCUGAGAGUGAAUGCGGUGUUAAAUUUGCAUUCUGCUAUUGAAGAUUAUAAAUACGAUACAGCUGAUAGCCUCUGGUGUGAGGUUAAACUGAAGCUUCCCAUUAUGAAGGUGCACUUUGACCUGUCCUCGCUAGUUAUGUCAAUAGCACAAAAUGCAGUUGUUCAUGAAACUAAAGGAAUCACUCGUUGCCUCUUGAAUGAAACAGCCAACAGAAGAGGAGAGAAGGAAUCUGUUUUGAACACAGAGGGAAUAAACCUCACUGAGAUGUUCAAGUAUGGUGAUACUUUGGACCUCAAUCGCUUGUAUUCAAAUGACGUCCAUGCCUUUGCCAACACGUAUGGCAUUGAAGCUGCUCUAAGAGUCAUAGAGAAAGAAAUAAAAGAUGUAUUUUCUGUAUAUGGCAUUCAAGUGGAUCCUCGCCAUCUUUCCCUUGUGGCAGAUUACAUGUGUUUUGAUGGAUCAUACAAACCAUUUAAUCGAAUUGGCAUGCAAUCAAGCUCCUCGCCCCUUCAGCAGAUGACCUUUGAAACCAGCUAUAAGUUCUUAAAACAUGCAACUAUGCUAGGUGCUCAUGAUGAAUUGAAGUCUCCAUCAGCCUGCUUGGUGGUGGGGAAAGUCAUCCGUGGCGGCACCGGCCUUUUUGAUCUGAAGCAACCUCUUAAAUGAUUACUUCUUUCUGAUUUCUCGUCUGAUUAAAGAGUGCUAUUGGAAGUGGACAAGAAUGGGGUAUUAUGUUGUGUAUAUUUUUAUAUAUUCUGUAAAAUACAGGAUCCAAAGAGGCAAAUAAAGAGAAGGGAGUGUGUACCACAGACCUCUUUACAGCAACAAGUGAUGAGCCAGUGAAUACAACUUGAUGUUGCUUUGAGCUACUUGCCAAUUGCAGUACAACAGAGGAGCCAAAUUUCCACCUUUUCCGUAAGCAGGAAGAACAGAUGGAAUGAGGUCUCAUGGGAGUUAAACACAAAUGACAGAACCUGGUUUGAGCAAAGCAGAGGAGUUUUCACUGUCUGUUGAGCGAAGAAGCAAGAACUGCAUUACUGUGUGCGCCCAGGAACGUUGAACUAAAUUUCACUGGUCAUCGAGAAUCACAUUAAAAUUAAAGUUGGCUUUUUAUUAAAUUAUUGACACAGUGCAAGUUUUGUUGUAAAGUCGGCUUCACAUUUGUGGAAUUGAAUGCAAGUUUCUGCUUCAUAUUCUUAACUGUAUUUGACAGAUUUUUAACAGGAUUUUAAUAGGACUAUAAAUGAAGAGCUGUCCAGCUAAAUACAGUCAGUUCAGUAGCUGUGCUUCCCAUAUACUCACUAUUGGGACAUUAACCAAGUCUUAAAAUAAAUCAUUAAUCAGUGUCAUAA